AUGGGUGUUACUUUCCUGCUGGAACAACCACAACACCACACGACUGGCGGCUUAGCUUCUCUCCGGAUCUUCCAGGAGAUGUACGCUUACAUGCCGGAUGUUGCGAGACGUUGCCAGCUUUGGCAAGAGCAACACAGGAAGGCUGCGUCCAAGGCCAGUGCCAAGAAAAAGGUGAAGAAAGCGAUCGUCAAGAGGAAUGUUGAUGCUGCUGGAAAGAAGACGGUCACCGGCAUUCCGCCGCUGGUGCGGGCCACUCAGGAAUACACCCCGGAGUUUGCGGAAGCCGUGCUCCACUCGUGGGGCGAGCGCUGCGACGAUCAGCAGCGCCAGGCUGAGCUGCUCCACGUCGUGCGGUGGAUGAAAGCUUCCGGGCGUUUGCAGCUGCCGUCGGCAUGGCCUGCGGAUUUUCCGUAG